AUCAUGAGAUCCGUUGCUUAACCCAUGGGGAAGCCGGCGGGCCACAUCGAUCUCCACCUUUGCUAAUUUCUACCAAAUUAAGCUCAUCCUCCACCGUUGGAUCCUCGUCCUCUCUUUCUCAGGAACGUCUAUAAAUAUGUAGACCCUAUCUGUGUCUCCCCAUUGUCGGAUCCAACAUUCACUAUUCACAUUUGUAUCUUGUACUGCGACCACCAGCAGCAGCAGCUGAUUAAUCUUAUUUUAUUCUGCAACACUGCUCUUGCUUGAAUCCAGAAUUCUCCGCGACGACAGGAAAAAAGGAUUCGAUUAAUGAAGCUUUCUUCCGGUUGAAUUUUUUACGAGUCUUUUGUCUUGGUAAUUGCGUUGAUAUAUCUCCGGCGUCGAUAUGAUGCGUUCGUCGAGUGGAUGAUCGAGCGAGUGUUUCCAGAAGGAAGAGUAGCUCCUAACGAAAAUUUAGAUCGGCUUUUAAUCUUCUGGUUGGAUUUUGUGAAAUUCCCAGGCGACUACAUCAGGACAUGGCGACAGAUUCUUGCGAGGACGCCAUUGCUGGACUUCAGUACCUCCUUAGUGAGAAGGGAGACCUCGAAGACAUCGCCGCCGAAAAGAUCAAGCAAUUAACGGCGGAGCUAGAGGCAAUCGCUGCCAAGCAAUUCAACGCGGUGGAGAGGAUCAAAACCGGCUUCGCUCACUUCAAGAAAUGGAAAUACGAGAAAAAUCCUGGGUUGUAUGGUGAACUUGCUGAAAGCCAGAGCCCCAAGUUUUUGGUCUUUGCCUGCUCGGACUCCCGUGUCUGUCCUUCACACAUCCUGAAUUUCCAACCAGGGGAAGCCUUUAUGGUCCGAAACAUUGCCAACAUGGUCCCUCCAUAUGACCUGCAGACAAAAUAUUCUGGCGUGGGGGCGGCUAUUGAAUAUGCAGUAUUGCAUCUGAAGGUGGAGAAUAUUCUGGUAAUUGGGCACAGUCGUUGUGGAGGGAUAGAUCGCCUCAUGCGUAAUGAAAAUUGUGGCAGUGAUUUUAUUGACGAUUGGGUCAAAACCUGUUUACCCGCAAAAGCCAAGGUGAGAAGGGAGUGUAACAGCUUGGACAUCGAUGAACAGUGCGCCAAUUGUGAGAAGGAAGCUGUGAAUGUCUCGCUGGAAAAUCUGUUGACAUAUCCAUUUGUGAAGGAGGGCGUGAUGAAAAAAACUCUAUCCAUAAAGGGAGGACACUAUGACUUUGUUAAGGGCUCUUUUGAACUGUGGAGUCUUGAUCUUCACUUCGGCAUUCAUACUUACUAUGGUUUCAUAGCCUCUGUUUGAUGGUAUUAAUUAUAAUUUUAGUUCUUUUGUUUGAAUAAUUUAAGUUGGACUACGAAAUGUUGUAAUUUCAAGUCAAGUUUAAUCAAUGUUAAUUUCUCAGCUAAACCCUAAAUUCAUGAAUGUUUCAUUGUCGAAUUAACUCUCACACUGACUCUUG